AUGUCUACUCCUUCUUCACCAACAAGACCACGUCGUAGGAAUUCUCUAAUUGGACAAUGGGAUAAAACAACAAAAGUUAUUGAUGUUAAAAAUAAAUAUUAUUCAAUUUCAACCGACAAAUAUACUGCAGCUCAAAAGGAAACUUUUACAAAAUGGGUUAAUAUUCAAUUACGUACCAUUCACGUAGAUGACGAAACUUCUAAAAAAAUUCCUGAAAUCAAAGCUGUUGACCGUGAUUUUAGGGAUGGAAAAAGAUUAAUUCAAUUACUUGAUGUUCUAUUCGAAGGUGAUCCUGAUUUACCAAAACCUGAACGUGGAAGAACUAGGCAUCAUUAUAUAGCAAAUGUUAACAAAGUUUUACAAUUUUUACAAACAAGGCUUGAUGAAUCAGGUUUAGCUGCUUUACAAGCAAUUGGACCUGUAGAUAUUGUGGAUGGAAAUGUUAAAUUAACUUUAGGUUUAGUUUAUCUAUUGAUUUCAAAAUUUCAUCAUAUGAUGAGUGUCUUUGAAGAAUUUGGAGAGGGAAAUGAUAAUGAUUUGACAAAUCUUAAUAAAUUUACUACUAAUGGUUGGUUUGAUAACCUCGAAAAGUCAAUGAAUGUUUCCUCAUCACCAACACAAUCACCAACACUAUCACCAAUUUCACCACAAUUCCCAUCGAUACCACCACCUACUAGAUUUAGAACUCUUAAAUUAAAUCAUUCUACUCCUUUAAGUUCUUCAUCUGGUAUUUUAUUUUGGAUAAAUAUGCAACUUAUUGAUUAUGCUGUAAUUUUACCUUCCACUUCAUAUCCUGUGGAAGAUUUUACCGGAAUGAAUAAUGGAAUUAUAUUGACUGCAUUAAUACAUCAUAAGAAUAUGGAAUGGCUUGAAGAUUUUGAUCUUUUAAUUCAACAAACUGAUGAUGAAAUUGAAGAAGAAAAAAAAUCUAAAGAAAGGUUAUCAAAAUGUUUUACCAUUUUGGAAGAUAAAUUAGGUAUUCAACGUCCAAACUCGUUAGUAAAGAUGUUAAUUGAAAGUGAUCACAAUGAUGCUCAACAACUUAAAAGGACAGGUUUGGCAUGGAGUGUAUAUAUGUCCGACCUAUUUUUAGUAAUGUCAGAAAAACCCAAGAGAAAUGGAACUUUAAGAGGUACAAGGAGAGAUACAAUGAAAGGUACAAUGAAAGGUACAAAGCGAUUAGUACAAAUUAAUGAACCAGUCACCGAGGUCAAUGAUUCAGAAAUUUUUGAAAAUGAAAUUGAUCAAUCAAGUAAUGAUGAUGAUAAAUCUGAUAAAUUGAAAAAUAAAAAGAAAUCGAAUAAUAAAUCACGUGGAUGCUUACCAAUAUAUUCCACGGGACCAAUAUUACCUAUGCCACCUUGGUCUCCAAAAGCAUCAAUACUUUCUGCCAUAUUCGAUUGGACUAUUGGCUGGUUAUUAAGUGAACACGAUGAAAGUGAUGAUGAUGAAAGUGAUUACUACGAAGAUGGUCAAUUAUGUGAACGUGAAGUGAAAGUGAAAACUAUACGCGUUGGAAAAAAGAGAUCUGAUGGAAGUUGGAAUAUUCAUGAUGCUAAUGAAUGGAGAUUAAGUAAUGAAUGUUUAAGUGACAAUGAAGACGUUCCUAUUCAAUUAUUGUUAAAUCAACCAUCUCUUAAGUAUUGGAGAUAA